UACCAAUUCAUUAUGUCAGACAGUGAUGAUGAUCUAUUGCCUUCAAAUGUUUACACCUAUCAAAAUGAAAGCACAGCUGUAUGUGCAAAAGGUCCGAAUGUAAACACAACAAAUAUAACAGGAUUAAGUUUUCGGAAUAAUGUUUUGCCUAUGACUAUGAAUAUGCCAUGGAACUUUGAAAGACAAAGAUAUUCAGAGUUGAACUUUGAUCAGCGCAGUAUGUCGUACAGAAGAGAGACUUCUCCUAUGUCCAUGUAUUCUGAUAUGAGAACAAGAAAUUUUCAACAGUCGGUUUAUCGUGGCAUGAGCUCACAAAGAUCUAUGUACAAUGGCCGAAGUGGUUCACCUAUGUCAAUGAGGAGCAUGGAUUCAAAUUCUAGUGAGAUAGCUGCUUUUAUAGCAAUGUCAUUAAAAAAUGACAAGUUUAACAGGCAUGAACUAAAUAUGAUAAAAGAUGCUUAUAAUAAAUUCAUAAAGGGAAGAAUAAGAAAAAGAUAUGAAAAACGUCGUAAUAUGAGAUUGUUUUUAAAAGGUUACCGAAGGAAAUCAGGUUAUAAUUCUGGCGAGCAAGGCAGUGAAUCAUCUAUCAGUAGUGAUGACUGCAGAUCAACAAGUUCUGCUAUGUAUAAAGGUAAUAUGUCUAGUUGUAGAUCAACAAGGACAAAUAUAGCCGAUUUCAGGCACAAUAUCACAGAAAGUAACAUGUACAAAAAUUGUUCAAAUAACUUUCAAAGAAAAGUAUUUAAAAAUAACUUUGCAGUACCUCCCACUAAUAAGCAUCAUAAUUUCAAUUAUCAAAAAUUGCCACAAAACCAACUAAAUAUGAAUCAAAAGGAAAGAUUUCAGAAUAGUUUUCUUUUGCCUUCCCAAAGAUUCAAUAAAUCAGUUGCAUCUGUUCCUAUACCAGAAAGUAACCAGAAUCAAGUAAAUCCAGCUUACAGGGAUCCCAGAGGCAUUAAAAAUAAUUCUAUUCAAAAUAAGAACAAUAAUAAUUGUGAAACAGACAGUGAUCAAGAAGAAAUAUUUUCUGAAGUGACUGUAAGAGAAAAAAGUUUUCAUAAUCCUUUACAACCAUCUUGUAAAGUCAGUGAAAAUAAAAGAAGUCUUGCUCUUGAAGAUAAUGUAGGUUCUGAUAAAAAAAGAACUAAAAUCUCAUCACCUGCAAAGGAAAAUGAAGCGAAAGGUAAAAACAAAAGUAAAGCUACAGUCAAAUCUGUUUUGAAGGAAGAUAAUAGCAAGGAAAUUUGUAAGACUAGACAAAAUAAUGAUUUUGAAUUUAUAAAGCCCCAAUUUCCUGCAAAAAAAUCUGGCGCAGGCAAAUUCAAAGAAAAAUUAAUAUCCAAAUCUGCACUACCGUUGACAGAUGCAAUUAUGCCUCCUCAAAAUACACUUUCAAAAGACACCAAUAAAACUCCCGAUCAAAGUGAACCAAUAAUAUUGUCAUCUGAAAUAAAUCAAAACACAGACAAAAAUAUAGAUGAUCAAUCUGAUACAGGACCACAUUCUAAUAGUGACUUGUCAAUGAGACCAAGUUUUAUUAAAAGAAAACUAUUCUCCCAAAAGUUAGAUGUUACUGAGAAAAAAACCCUAAGUGCUGAAGUUUUAAAUGUAAACAGUCCACAAAAUAAUGUAUACAGUACUAUACAAAGAGAGAAGAAUAAAGCUAGAAAAGUGGUUACAAACCAGUCAUGUUUGAAUAGAGAUGUUCAAGAUGAUAACAAUUUAUUGGACUUAAUUCAUAAAAUCGUACCACCUGAUCAGAUGAAUGUAACAAAUAUGACAAACAAAACAAGUUUGAAUAGUAAACCAUCACAAGAAUUUGAUAAAAAUGACGAAGAUGACAAAUGGGAUGUAACAUCUAUUAUUUCGACAUGUAAUAAAGACGAUAUUAGUGAAACCUUUACUGAUGAAGAAAUAUUUAAUGAUAAUAAAAAGAAAAAUGAUAAAAGCAAAAGUGAACCCAAAAAGAACAUGAAAUUAACAAAAGAAUGCAAACUUGUUAUAGAGAGAUCACUGGAAAUUGAUAGGUUCACAAAACCACAUCUUCCUGUCACUAAGUCACUUCAAUCAAAGAAUGUUAUUGAUAACCAGAAAAGCGGAAAAUCCUUUUGGGAUACAGAUUUUGAAAGCGAUUUAGAAAACUCUGCACCAAAACGUUCAAGAGAACUGAAGGAGAAUCACAUAAAAGUUAGUCCAUUGCAGAGUAUCAAAAACAUUCCAGAGAAAAUUAAUACUAAUCUAACUAUCAUGCAUAAUGCAACGUCAUUAUCAGAAAGUUUAAAAUGUAAAACAAACAAUUCAAUAUUAGACAAUAACAUGGGAAACAUAAAAAAAUAUAAUAUUAACAGAAAUCUAACAAUCAAAUCAUUUAGAGCACCUAAACAUGUAAAUGGUAAUAAAAAACUUAACAAUAGUGUUGAUGUUACAUUACCUUCUGUUGAUGAUAAACAAAAUAAUAAAAAUAAAUAUCAAAACAUAAUGAAACUACCAGACGUAGUUAACAAUAAGAAAGCCGAAAUGAAAAAAACAAUUGUGAAUUCUGAAAUAGAAGAGCCCAUUACCAAUUCAAAACAGAAAACUACUUCUAAGACAAAACUCAAGGACUCAACAAAUAACAAAAAAACAGAGAAACAAAUCAAAAUCAUAAAUAAACCUAAAAACCAAAAUAACUCAAAAGCUAAUGUCCACAACAAAGAAGCAACUAGGACUGUCCGUACUCCCAAGAAGAAAUUGGGUGGCUAUGAACUGGAAAAAUCAGACGAAAAGUCAAAAUCAACAGAAAAACUCAAAGAAAUAAAAAAUUCAAAACUGAAUAAUAGUAUAUCUAAUACAAAAUUAUCAAAAAGAGAUAUUAGUGUAAUUGCUAAAGGACAUGCUAAGCAGUCAGCUAAGAAUAAAAAAGAAAAUGUUGAGCCUGCAACAGAUUGCAUGAAUGAGCUAGCAUAUAGGACGUUGAGGACGAGAAAAAUAGACUUAUCUUCGUCAAUUGAUACAUCUGAUGAUAAUAUGAAAAACAUAACCAUCAGAAGUUUAAGGCUAAGAAAAAUCAACUUGUCGUCGAGUAUAAACAAUUCUAGUAUAGAUGGAAAGCUCACUGUUAUGACAAAAAACCCGAACUCUAAGAAUAAAAACGAAAAGAAAACUGUUUCUCAGUCUAAUAGAAAUGAGACCAAGCGGAUGGCAAAGAACAACUGUGUAAAAGGUUAA